AUGUAUAGCAUAUCAGUGUUUAACUGGUACUUGAAAAUUUGCGGGGAGUCGAUGCGUGUACGUGUAGUUUUGACGGAUUUGGCCUCCUGCAUCCUUCAAAAUUGCUCAAAAUCUCCAGGCAACUUUUCUAGGCCGCGUCGACUGACACACACUGCUGUCUUAGCCAACGAUCAACUCCCAUUUCCGCCAGUUUGUGAUGGUUUGGAGAAGUGCGUACUUGGCCAAUGUCCUUAUUCAAUGGAAAGUGGUAAUCCGCAACACCAGAAGGAAAGAAAGGACUGUGACGCGUUCGUCCCGACGACGUGUGCCCUAUAUCCUUGCAAGUCUGCGCAAUCCAUGCCUCCGCCUCCAAGAAGCACAUGCUCGCAGCUGUCAGGUAUGGGGCAGGCGAUUCGGUUCGAUUACUCAUCGUUUUUCGAAGAGCAAUUGGAAAAGAAGCGAGCCACUGCGACGUAUCGUGUGUUUAGACGAAUUCUCCGAGAUGCCAACCACUAUCCCUUUGCGGAGGACUUCUCCACUGGAAGGCGUCAAACUAUCAACGUGUGGUGCUCAAAUGACUAUCUUGGUAUGAGCAGGCAUCCCAUGGUUCUGGAGAGCGCAAGGAACGCUAUAAACCGAUUCGGGAUAGGGUCGGGAGGGACACGCAACAUCUCUGGCAACACUCUGUUACACGAAGCACUGGAGCAUGAGUUGGCCGACCUUCAUGGUAAGGAGGCAGGUCUGGUGUUCACCAGCUGUUUUGUCGCCAACGAGGCUGCCAUCUACACUCUGGGCACGUUGAUCCCCGGCCUCAAGAUCUUCUCUGAUGCCGGCAAUCAUGCCUCCCUUAUCCAUGGCAUACGCACUAGUCGGGCGCCUAAGUACAUCUACCGUGAGAAUGAUGCUGGCCAUCUGGAUGAAUUGAUGCAGCAACAAUCAACUCCGAGGGAGCCCAAGUUGGCGGUUUGUGAGACCGUUCAUUCAAUGAAUGGGAGCAUAGUUCCACUGAGGGAAUUCCUCGACGUCUGCGAGGAUCACAACGCCCUGACUUUCGUGGAUGAGGUGCACGCUGUGGGUCUCUACGGUGAAUAUGGAGGUGGAGUCGCGGAGGAGCUCGGUUGUAUGCAUCGCAUCGACGCCAUCACUGGCACUCUGGGCAAGGCAUUUGGGAGCCUCGGCGGCUACCUGGUAGGAGGCAGGGCGUUGAUUGACAUGGUGCGUAGCUACGCUGGCGGGCUGAUCUUCACCACCUCACUGCCGCCACCGGUAUUGGCGGCAGCGCGGGCCAGCGUGGCCAUCCUCAAGUCGGCGGAAGGGCAGGACUUGCGUGCAGAGCAUCGCCGUCGCGUGGAUUUCGUGCGGCGUCGACUGCAGGAGGCGGGUUUGCCUGUAGCUGACGUGCCCUCACACAUCAUUCCCAUUUCCGUGGGCAAUGCCAAGGUGUGUACCAGCAUCUCAGAGGCAUUGCUAUUCAAUCACCAGAUCUACCUGCAGUCCAUAAACUACCCCACAGUGGCCAAGGGCACUGAACGCCUACGUCUUGCACCAUCCCCCUUCCACACAGACGCAAUGACGGACCACCUAGUGGACUCUCUGGUGAAGGUGUGGCGAUCCCACAACCUCCCUCUCAAGCAUUGA